AUGGCGCCGACGACGGUCCAGCAGCUGUCUUGUUCGCUUUUGUGUGAGACGGCGUCCGCGUUCUCUUUUGCAUGCGACACGCCCCUGAAGGCUCGCAGCCUCGCGUUGGACGGAGAGAGGGGGGUGUCUCCGACUUCAGACCCUCGAACGCUUCGCCUGCGCGCGUCCUCGGUGGUAGGAGCGUUGACUGACGCGGCGCCGAGCGCUCGUGACUCGACAGCAAAUCCCUCCACUCCGCCGAGGUCAGGAGUCGGCAGCUGCGGGAAAGGCGAAAAAAGGCGCGGGGACGGCGUGGAAGCGAACGGCAGCGAGACGUGCGCGGGACUGCACUUGGCGAGCCGCCCUCGCAAGAACGACGGCAACGAGAGUCGCGAGACUGACGCUGCUGACCUCGCUCCGCAAAUGCCCGCGGGCGAUUCGAGCGCGAUGCGCCGGAACCAAAAGCCUUCCGUUGCGCUCGCUUCUGUCUCUUCUUUUCCGGCGGGCGCCGACCCUCAGGGCGAAACUGGGAUGGCUCUCGGGGGCGUGAAGACAGAGGCCAAGACGGCCCCAGACGCGGCUCUCGGCGAAGGGCCCAAAGAAGACAAGCAAGCCUCGGGGCCAGGAGCCCCCGGCGCCCCGGCUUCGUCCACGUCCUUCUCGUCCGAUCUGAGUGCCGUCGUCACGGACCCGCUCGCCUCCGCGCCCUCGUUCGCGUCCUCUAUGAGCAGCUUCGCUUCGGAAGUGGGAAGGGAACUGGAGAACAUCGGCUCGAUGUCCACAGCAGGCAGCUUCAAAGAACCGAUCGGCGGGGGUGGGGAGCAGAAACUGCCUGCGGCACUCGCGUACCAUGCGCCGAAUGGAGAAGACACGCUCGCGUCCUCGCUCUUCUUCUCCGCCCUCUCCUUUUCUCUCGCUCCGACGCCUGAAGAGUCCGCACACCUUUCGGCUGUAGGCGGACCGAGUGAACUGACGCAUCCAGGCAAGGAAGAGAAGGACGACAGUGGGACGGCUGCGUCGACACUCCUGGGCGUGUCUCAGCCGCGACGGCCCCGCGGGGAGAUCCCGCCGUGCCUGCAAGUCGCCUCAGCCGCCUCCUGUCGCCACCCCGGCUCGUGCCCCGCUCCGGGAGGCCCGCGAGAAGAGCGGAACGCGUCCUGCGGCUUCCUCUCGUCUUCGCCUCUCUCAGAGCGCCUCGUGGUUGGCCCGCCGUCCCAGUCGUUGCCUGGCUUCUCGCCUUCGCCACUCAAGAAAGCGUUUGGAGGCGCGACGGUUGCGGCGAGCAAGGGCGACAAGGAGCAGCAGCUUGCGAACCUCGGCGCGGUCACCUGCUCGGCGAGCGCGCAUGCGUCAUCUGCCACGAGUCUGUGCGUCUGCAAAUUUCUUCUGGGCGAGGACGUCGCGGGCUACCUCGUGGGGCGCAAAGGCGGCGGCAUCGACGAGUUCCAGAAACGGAACGGUCCCGGCCUGCGCGUCACAGUCAGCAAGCGAGGGGAAAUCUUCCCUGUCCUCGGCGAAAGAAUCGCCGCCGCAGUGGGCGUGCAAGAAAGCAUUGCAAGGGCCCUCGAUGAGAUCGUCGAUGUGGCGACCAAACGAGCUAUGCACAAGGAAGAAGAAAGACGACUCGACUCAGGAAGAAAAAUAGGCAAACCAAAGACGUGCUUCAAGCUCGUGGUUCCAGAGACUUCCGCGCGGCUCCUCGAACAGCAAGUUGAGAAUCGCGAUUCCGCGAAGGAACUGGGUCGCAAGCACAAGACGGAGGUGCUCAUCACAUCUGCAAACGACUGGUUUCACCUCGAAGCUGGCGACGCCGUUGCAAAGGAGCGUUUGGUUCAAGUAAUUGGUCUUCCGAACGACGUGAAGGACACGGUCCGGGAACUCGUGCCUUUGUAUCAGCAGGACACGACCCUGACGACUUCUCUGGAAUUGUGUUACGGGAAGAAGACGCCGGCGCCGCCUCCGCCGCCUCCUCCAGUUCUUCCGUCGCUCUUUUCGUUCACGCCCACCGUGCCGCCUCCGGCCGCCUUUGCGGCCACGUCGUUCCUCCCUUCGUACGCAGGCUCGUGCUUUGCGCUGGCGAACGCGAAUUCCCAUCCUCUGUUCUCAGGCGGAGACGACCGGCUGCUUGGGUCCGCGAUGGGAAGUCGCGGGGUCUCUGCGAGUCUGGGCACCACGCCGAACGCCCUGGCGGCAGCCGAGUCGUUUGCGUCUCCGGGACUGGGCAAACCAUCGGCGCUUUCGCGCAGUGCGGCCUUCGCCUCUGGACCUGUCCCGCUGAAGCCGCAUCUGUGCACGCCGCUGCUCUCGGCCGGCCUGCACCACGCGCCUCUCGCCUCGUACAGCACGGCUGUCGGGCCCAGCUUCGACGACUGUUCGAUGCACGCUUCCCAGGGCCUGAGUGGGCGGUGCGCGGAGGAGUUGCCAGACGUCUUCAUGCGGACGUUGAACGCCGCAGCGCCUCAGUCGACAGGCCAGAAAGCUGGCGCGGGAGGGAAGCGCAGCAGCGACGCAAACCUGACGACCGAUAUCCUGUCACUCCUGGCUGCGCACGGCAACGCUCGCGCGAAGCUCUUCUCGGGGUCGGAAGGCGCCGCUUUUUCUGCGUACGCGCCCCAAGCGGGCUACACCCAGGCAGGGGUUGGCAGCUGGGGAAGCAGGAACGCCGCCGCGGCGGCUGCGGCCUUCCCGGCGCUGCCGUCCUCGCUGUCGGGCGUGAAGGCGACUUCAGAGCCUCAGAGGAAAGCCUCGGGCGGCGGGGCGAUGUCGCAGGCCGAGGCAGUCCGAGCGCUUUUGCAGAUCAUGGGGACGGAGAUGAAGCUGGGAGAUGAGAAACAGGGUGGAGCUGCCGGCCGGAGCCUACAGAAGCGCGAAGCCUUCGAAAUGCCUUCCUUCCUAGGAGCCAGCCUCCGCGACGAUCGACGCGAUCUCCUGUCUCCCACGCCGGAGGCGGGGCCGCGGACCCCUCUCGCUGGCCUGCCGAGUGCCGCCCACCCUGCGCCGCCAGCUGGGUCCGGCGGCGCCAUGGACGCUUCGAGCGCUUCGCGCCGUUGCGAGCAGCCCACGGAGACAGGGACGGGUUCGGAGGCCGGCGCGUACUCGUAUUCGCCGAAGCGCGGCUCCAGGGGCGCGCUGUUGCCUGUCAAUUCUUUGCACGGCAGUGGAACGCGGGGUAGCUUCGCCGGCAGCGGAUCCGGCUUCAUGGACGCAGUCGGGUUUCUGACUGGAGGGUCCGCGCGAGACGGGAGAGGCCUGGCACAUCCUUUGGACGAGGGGAGAGCUGGCGACGUGGCGCCUGCUGCGUCGACGCGUCCGGGGCCCAGUGGAGAGAACUCGGCAGCCGCUGCUAGCGGCGCAGCUCUGCUCCUGCCUCUCUCCUCGUCUCGCCUCGAUCCGUCGGCGCCCGUCUUCCAUCCCCAGCAAUCGUCCGGGGAAGUGCCUCUGCAUGCAGACGAGAAUCUCCAGCUGUUGAACUCGCUGCUACAUGCCAAUUUGAGGCAGCGCGGGGGGGGAAGCCGCCCGGGCGCAAGCGACGAGGGGACUCCCGUGCAAGGGUCUCGGGGGGCCGCUUCGGCGGCUUCUUUUCUGCCUUCUUCGUCUUCGUGUCUCUCUGCGUCCUUCCCCGCGACGCCUCUCGGCAAACGCAUGCGCGACUCCCAGCGACCGCAGCAGAUUAUCGCCGGUUCGCUGGCGGCACAUGCGGAUCCGACGUCGACGCACCAGCUGCGGAACGAACUGCUCUGUCUCCUCAGACAGAAGGAACGUCACUUUCGGGAUGGCGCCGAGUUCCAGCUCGGACGCGGAGACGCGAGUGCGGGCGGGCCGUUCUGUCUCCCUCCCCCCACGCUCAGAGGCAGCCAGGCGACCGGGGCUGUUGCGGGAGACGAGCCUGCGGGCAGAGGGAGCCAGGGCGGCAGGCCCGAGAAGGAACUCGAAGCAGAGCUCGCGCUUCUUCAAAGCCUCCUCUCUCACUCCGGAGGCCUUCCCGCUGUGGGCGCUGUGGGCGCCGCCCCGGGGCGGUUGCCUGCGCCGGCCGCGCCCGGCGCAGACCCCGGAGUCGACCAUCUGUUGCCUUCCUCGGGCGUGCAGGCAGAUUUGCAGAAGCUGCGGCAGCUUUGCCAGGGGCGAUUGUCUGCCGUGGCUGUGAAACAAGGAGGCAGAGACGAGGACAGCGGCUGGCGAGAAGGCCAGCGACGCCUCGGCGUGUGCAGAAAGGACGAGCGCGAGGGGGGGCCGAAGCGAGAAGGCGAAAGAGACUCCCGUCUCCCGUUUGCGGCCGCUCUUCAGGCUGGCAGCUUGGCUCACGGGGUUUUCGCGAACAGUCAGGCGACGCCUCCGCAGCCCCACGCGACUCGGUUACCUGACGCGUGGUCCGCGCGCGGCGGCGCGUCGUCCCCGGCUGCGGCGACCUCGGCUUUCCCCGGAGGCUUCGGCCUCCUCUGUGAGGAGCCGAAGGAGACAGUUGCGCCUGGUCGGGGCGACGGCGCGGGAGCCGUCUUGCCGUGUUGGCCCGCGGAGGCAGACGCGCGCACGCUGGCGUCUGCCGUGCCGAGAACCAGCGCGAGCACCCCGACGCACCGCCGCAGCAAGCAGGCGAGCUGCAUGCAGUCUCUGGACCUCGCGUUUGGCGGGCGCGGAAACGGCGAGAAGGCGGGCGCAGGCCUGCGCGGGGAGUUCUUCGGAGGGCGUCGAGGGGACGAGGCUGGCAGGCCCGAGGCACGCAAGGGCGAGAACCUGGGAGUCGAGGAUCCAGGGGAGCCUGGCUUAGAUGCAGAUCCCAGUGGGCACCGGCGUUCGCUGUCGGCCCAGGGAAAAGGGGAGGCAAGUCUCAACGGCCAACCUGCAGGGAGCGGGAGUCUGCAUGUGAGUCGGAGUCUCACGGGACAAGCUCCGUUCGCCGGGAUGGAGCCUACCAGCUGCACGGGCGUGGCCCGUGAAGCGCACGGCGAUGACGGGCGAGACCCGGGAGGCCCUGACAAAACGCCUUCGAGUUCCGUUUACUUCGGCAAAGGCCUCGGCGCGCCAGGUCACGAACUCCUCAGCGGUGGCAUGCGAGGCCCCGCGGCCAAAGGUGGACAGGAAGCGACGCUAGGAGCAGGGCCGGACGAAUUCUCUGUGCAGAUCCAGAUUCCAGUGUCUGUCGCACAGUCCGAAAGCAGCCUGUCUGUCCUGUUGCUUCUGCUGCGCUCGCUUUCCACGCGCGUCUCCGCCGUUCUGCCACCAGCCCCGCAGCCAGCGAGCGGUCGCGAGACAGACCACGCGCCCGGUGCGGAGACCGAGUCUCCGGGAACAAUCUCGCUGCAAGUCAGCGGCACCGCCGACAACGUCGCUUCCGCUUCGGUCCUUCUCCGGUCGCUCUUGAGCGGGACAGUGUAG